CAAAAAUUAAGGAUUCCUGGGAGGUAGAGAUGAUUGUUCUUUCUAAAUCUGGGAUUUAAAAAUCAGGACGGAAUAAAAGCCGACAAAACAGGAGGAGGAAGGAGAGGAGUAGGUGAAAAAAAGAAGAGGGGGAAAAAAAAAAAAACAUCCCGGGACAUGGAAUUUGUGAUUUUGUUUCAAUUGAUGAGGCUCAACAGCGAUUCUUUCUUUCAGAAGAGCUCGAUUCCUUUUGUGUUUACUCAAAAGGGCUUUUUCUCUUCGGAUUCAAAUUCCAUCUGGCUGCUCCAAGAGUCUGCGGAAAAGGAGAGUUGAAUGCAGCCCCCGAUGUGCACAAAAGAAUGGGUUUCCAUUCAAGGUGGCCAUUGGUGGGACAAGCACCAGCGGCACUUUGUGUGAUGAGCAUGCUUCUGUGCCUGCCUCCCACGUCAUGCACAACCUGCCCUCAAAAAUGCCGCUGUGAGGACCUGCAGUUCUACUGCGACACGCAGGGGCUUCUGACGCCCCCAGACGGCAUCGAUCGAGGGGCCCUGGGGCUCUCGCUCCGACACAACAGCAUCGCCGAGCUCCGCCCCGACCAGUUCUUCGGCUUCACCCAGCUCACCUGGCUCCAUCUGGACCACAACCAAAUAACCACUGUGCAGGAGGAUGCUUUCCAGGGGCUCUACAAGCUGAAGGAUCUCAACCUGAGCUCCAACCGGAUCACCAAGCUGCCCAACACAACCUUCAUCCACCUCAUCAACCUGCAAAUUCUGGACCUAUCUUUCAACCAGAUGACUGUUCUGGAGCCUGAGCUCUUCCACGGGCUACGUAAGCUGCAGAUCCUCCACCUGCGCUCCAACUCUCUGCGGACCACGCCUGUUCGGGCCUUCUGGGACUGCCGGAGCCUGGAGUAUCUCGGACUCAGCAACAACCGGCUCCGGAGCCUGGCCCGGAACGGCUUUGCCGGGCUCAUUAAGCUCAGAGAGCUGCACUUGGAACAUAACCACCUGACCAAGAUCAACCUGGCGCACUUCCCACGCCUGGUCGCCCUGCAGUUCCUCUACCUGCAGUGGAACAAGAUUAACAAUUUGACAUGCACCAUGGAGUGGACCUGGACCACCCUGGAGAAACUGGAUCUUACCGGGAACGAGAUCCGCCUUCUCACACCCGAGGUGUUUGAGACCCUGCCCAACCUGAAGAUAUUACUACUGGAUAACAACAAACUGUCCAGCAUGGACACGCAAACCCUGGAUAUGUGGAAGUCCCUGGGCACCAUUGGAUUGUCUAGCAACCUUUGGGAAUGUACCAAAAGGAUCUGCAACUUGGCCAGUUGGCUCAGUACCUUUAAGGGCAGAUGGGAACACUCCAUUUUGUGCCAUAGCCCAGAAUACGCACAGGGGGAGGAAAUACUGGAUGCUGUCUAUGGAUUUCAGCUUUGUCAGAAUUUCUCAGCACCAGUUAUUCAGUCCAGCACCCCCACGGAGGCCAUGUUUCCCCAGGAGGUCACUAGCCCGUUGUAUGGAAAUAUGCAGACCCCAACGUUGGACUACUAUGCAGAGGAUUUGGGGAGUUUUACCAUGGUCACCACGACCGUCACCACCUCCACCACCCAGACCCCAAGCACCGCUCUGUCGACCACCACCAUGGUGCCAGGGCCCGCGGUCACCGAUGACUUCAUUGAUGACAUUGACAACACGGUCCUGACACAGAGAGUAAUCAUUGGAACUAUGGCCCUGUUAUUUUCCUUCUUCCUCAUAAUUUUUGUAGUGUACGUCUCGCGGAAGUGCUGCCCUCCAACACUGCGCCGGAUCCGUCACUGCUCCGCCAUGCAGAACCGGAGACAGCUGAGGACCCAACAGCGGCAGCCAAUGGCGGACCUGGCGACCCAGGUACCCUACAACGAGUACGAGCCGAGCCACGAGGAAGGGGCUCUCGUCAUCAUCAACGGUUACGGGCAGUGCAAGUGUCAGCAGCUGCCUUACAAAGAGUGUGAAGUAUAAACUCUUUAUUUAUUCCUGCAGUCAAUGGGUUUUUGCCAUUCAACCAUUUAAAAAAAAAAAAAAAAAAAAUACAGGGUUUGUUUUAUGGAUUUUUAUUUGACCAGUUUCUAUAUAUAAAAAAGAAAAAACAUGCAUAGUUUGUUUCUACUGGCUAGCUUUUGAAAGAGGAGAAGGGGUGGGGAGGGUAGAGUCUUUGAGUUGCUGGAGUGACUGGAGAUGGAUUUGUGGUGAGUGAUAAGAUGUGAUGUAAAGAAUUUUCACACUUUUAUUUUUGUAACGAGAAUGCAAGGUCCUUAUUGAGCUGGGGCAAUCAAUCUCCACCGAGGAUGGUUAAAUGGGUGAAUUGACACUGCAUUAUCAUCAAACUCUUCUGCAGCACAGUAGAGAGAGAGAGAGAGAGAGAGAGAGAGAG